AUGGGUGGCAAAGUCUGGUCAGAGAAGGAGGAGAGAUACUUCUGGCGCGUAGCCAUGUCGGUCGGGCCCAAGCGAGCCGGCGUUGACCGUGCGAAGCCUGAGCGAUCGUGGAAUGACCUGGCUGCUGAUAUGCAGAGAGCCAUGGGGGAGGAUUCCCGCCGCGAAUACAGCGGCGUUCUGAUGUUCGAGCACUACUUCCAAAAUAUUGAAACUCGCCGUCGCUCACCCAACGCUGCUCAAUACGUUCGCGAAUAUGAGAUUAAAGCCGGUACGUUU